AUGAGUUUCUUAAAGAUUCUUCUCAUUGUUUCUCUUCGCCUGGUACUUUUUGAAACAGACACUUGCGAAGGCGUCCACCGCGAUAGAAAAAGAGAAGACGCUACACAUGAUGAGUUAAGCGCGCCGGCAGGCAAGAUAAGACAUUAUCAUCUGAAACUCAAUAACCCGAGAAGGAAUAAGGAAAGGAAAGGAAGAGCCUUGUGUCAUUUCUCUCCUCAAAAGCCCAGAGCCCGACGAUCUGGUUAUGCUUCAAAGCGCUGCUUUGAUUUCUGCCCAUACGGUUUUCCCCCACCAGAGGUAUCCUACCCAUGUGGAGGUGUAGGUUGGCCUACGGUCCCCGACCCGUGGUGGCCAGAAUACGGCUGGGUGGAAGGAUGUGGCUAUCCUCUGCCAGGAGGUGGUCCGUAUAGUCAACCCUACCCAUGGUUCCCUGCUGGAUGUGGUUGCUGCUGUCGUAAGUGUUAUUUGUGUACUUAUUUGGGUAUCUUUACUAUAGUUAAAUUUGGGAUGUGAAAUUAAUUUCAUUAAUUCAAGAAACAAUAUGUUGAGCAGUCAACGAAAUACCGCUGCUAUCUUUUGAUUCGCUAAGCUUGAAAAGUAGUUAAAAUUUUUACACAUAUUCGGCUGUUUCACAUAUUUUCACUCGUAAGGCAUUAUACCACAGAAAGCUUAGAAACAUAAAGCUAACUUUAUCAAAAGUUGAAGAAGUUUUGUUUUUCAUUAGCAAAGGAAGAAAGUGGCAAAGAAGGAGGUAAGCCGACCGAAGCACCCACCGGCGGGAGACAGCCUACAAAGGAAACAAAAGAAGUUAAGACACAUCCGACCAGCCCUAGCGGAGGCAGUUCUGGCUCUGCAAGCCCCAAAGGUAGUCAACCAACCACUGGCACCCAAGGUACCUUGCGGACCCUAUCAACCAGUAGUACAGCCCGUGACUCCUCAAGAAACCUCAAACUACAUUCGCCCACCGUCUUUGUGCUAAAAAACCGUUUUAAGUCUCUUAAAGACAGAAUGAGGCUUAUGAAACAGCAUGCACUGCGAAAAAAUGAUCCCGGACGCUCUUUGAAAGUAAUCGUAGAGAACUUCCGAGACUAGGUG